AUGCACGUCUACGUGAACGGCGCGCACCGCGCCGCGGGGCCAGCUGGCGUCCCGGUACACGAGGCCCUCUUUGCAGCCGUGGACCUCCUCGGGAACACGCAGGGCAUCUCCCUCCAGCCAGGCGCGCGUGCGCCCGAGCUCGCGCCGCUCGUGGCGGAGCCGGCGCCCCAGCUCCGGGUCGAGCAGGUGAUGAGCGGCUUUCACCCCGCCGCUGCCGGAGGGCCCGUGGAGCUCGCCGGCGACGGCCUGGGCGCGACCCUGCGGCAUGGCCCUGGCGCCCGGGCGGAGCAAGGCGGCGGAGGCCUCGUUACGAAUGGCCCCCUGCCGAGAUUCGAUUCCGGGUGGUACUUCGAGGUGGUCGUGCAGCAGUCGCGAGAAGGCGACGUCGACGGGAUGGCCAUCGGCGUGACGACCCGCAGCCCGGCCAGCGGUCAGUCCAGCGUGCAGUCCAUGGACGAGUGGGACCCGUCGUGGCUCGUCGGCUUCGACGGCAACCAGUGGGACGGCGCGAAUCUGUUCUGGGAGCCGUUCCCGUGGAGUGCGGCGCGCCUGGGGCCAGGGGCGCGCGUGGGUCUCCUCGUCACCGCUGAGGGAAGGUUGCGCGUGCUGGAGGACGGCGUGGCCGCCGCGGAGAGCAGCUGCGCCGCGCCCAUCGGCGAGCCGCUCUUCGGCGUCGUCGACCUGCUGGGGGCCACCAGGAGCAUCCAGCUGGCCCUCGGCGCCGUCCCGCCGGAUGGGGCACUUGCGGAGCCACGCCUCAAGGCCGAGUCCCCUAAGUUGGACUCGGCCUUCUUCGACGCGAGCGACGACGACGACGACGGCGGUGGCGUUCCCCUGAAGACGAUGAGUGGCUUCCACCCGCGGAAGGCGGGCAGGCAAGUGCGCUUCAGCAACGGGGGGCUGACCGCGACGUAUGUCGUCGACCCGCGCGUUGAGUUCUGCGGGAACGCCCUGGGAGAUGCACCAAUCUUGCAGACACCGCAGGGCAUGUACUUCGAAGUUCGGGUUGAUGGGGUAGCGGAGGGCCAUCAUGACGGGUUAGCUAUCGGUGUCACGGCCACGCCGCCUGAGAAGGCUGGCAAGCUCCCAGAGAUCCUCGACGAGUUGCCGGCCACGUGGCUAUGCGGCAUGGACGGCAUCAUGACGCCCAGCCACGCCGACAUCUACUGGUACCCGAAAGAGUUGAGGGUCAACGACCGGGUUGGAGUCCUCGUCGAGGUUCCCUCUGGCAACAUGGCCAUCUUCGUGAACGGCAGGCGGCGGGCAGAGGGGCCGAGGGGGAUCCCCUGCAGGGAGCCGCUGUACGCCGCGGUGGACCUCAUCGGCAACACCACCUCCGUGACGCUCCUGCUCGACGCCAAGGCGCCCUCGUCGAAGGAGGCCGUGCAGCCCACGGCGCUCGGCUUCAGCCCCUCCGCCAUCGGUCGGCAGGUGCGGCUGGCGGCGGGCAACUUCGGCGCGGCGCGGGCGGCCGGGGCCGAGGCUUCCAGCCAGCACGGCGUCCUGAUAGGUGCUUCGCCGCUGAAGGACUUCCGGGACGCCGGCCGGUUCUUCGCCCUGCGGGUCGACAGGGUGGUGGCCCGGCAGCCCGACGGGCUCGCCCUGGGCGUCACCGCGCGCAGGCCCGAGGAGCUCCUGGAGCUGCCCGCCGUCGCGGACGAGCUGGCCCCGUCCUGGCUGGCGGGCUUCGACGGUGCCGCCUGGGACGGCGGGAAGAUGGAGUGGUCCGUGUGCCAGUGGGACCCCCGUGCGCUGCGCGACAGGGACGUCGUCGGCGUGCUCGUGCGCGACUCCGGCACCAUGGCCGUCUUCGUCAACGGCGCCUGCAGCGCGGUGCACCACUUCGGCAUCCCCCCGGGCGCCCCGCUCUUCGCGGUGGUGGACCUGCUCUCUGGCGUGCAGGCGGUCACGCUCCUGCCAGGGGCCGAGCCCCCCGCCGGGGCGGCGGCGCAGGACGCCAGAGGUGGCUCUGCGCGCUGCAUGGCGGGGUUCCACCGGGCGGCCAUUGGCUCAGGGGUGAGCAUAUCGAUGGACGGCCUGACCGCCACCCUCACCUCCAAGUGGGCCACGGACGCGGUGGGGGGGCUGGCGAUGGGGGACGGGCCGCUGUCUCGCGGGCAGGACGGCUCCGCUGCCUUCCAGGUCCGCGUCGACUCCGUGCUGGGCGGGGGCGGCACGCCGCCGCAGCAGGGCAUCGCCCUCGGCGUCGCCACACGCCCGCCCUGGGAGCUGGCGGCCGCCCCACCGGCGACCGGCGACCAGGUGGAGCAGUCCUGGCUGGUCGGGCUGGACGGCGCGGCGUGGAACGGGAGCAGCCACGAGUGGGAGGUCAGCAGCUGGUUGCCCGCCAGCCUCGUGAGGGGCGACGUCGUCGAGGCCCGCGCGACGCCGCGGGGCGACCUCGCCAUUCUCGUGAACGGGCGGCAGGUGGCGGUCCACGCGAUGCAGAUACCACCCGGCGCUCCGCUCUUCGCCCUCGUGGAGCUGGUCGGCUGCACGCGCGGCGUGACACUGCUGCCGCCAUGCCAGCAGGGGACCUGCGCCUCGCCGAAGCAGGGCGCCGUGCCGACGCAGCAGCAGCAGCAGCAGCAGCAGCAGCAGCAGCAGCAGCAGCAGCAGCAGCAGCAGCAGCAGCAGCAGCAGCAGCAGCAGCGACAGCAGCAGCUGGGCGGGGCCUCUCGUGCCGCCAGCGGCCCGCCUGCGAAGGCGCCGACCAAGCCGAUGCAGGGCUUCCACCACGACCUGGUCGGCAAGCACGUGCACCUGUCCCACGACGGCAUCACGGCGUCCAGAGCGCGCGGCGACCAGGGGCUCGAGCACUGCGUCCUCCUCGGCGACGGCCCGCUGCGGCCCCGGCCCGACGGCAGCGUGGCCUUCGCUGUCGCCGUGACCAAGGUCUUGGAGCUUCCUGCCGGGCAGGACUCGGGCGAGGGCCUGGCCAUCGGCUUCACGGCGCGCUGGCCCUCCGAGCUGCCUCCCCACGCGCACGAGGCCGAGCUGCAGCCCUCCUGGCUGGCCGGGUACGACGGCGCCGUGUGGAGCGGCACCGCGCCGGCCAGCGACAGUUGGGGGCAGUGCGAGUGGAUGCCCUCCAGCCUCGCGGUUGGGGACGUUGUGCGCGCCACCAUGACGCCUCAGGGCGACCUGCACGUGUCGGUGAACGGCCACCGCCGGGCGACCUGCGACCUCGCGGCGGGCGCGGCGCCCUCCCGCCAGCGGCUCUUCGCCCUGGUGGACCUGCUCGGGUGCACCGCGGGGGUCUCGCUGCGGCACACGGGCCAGGACCACACGCCGCUCGACCAGGCGCAGCCCAUGCGCGGCUUCAUGCUCGCCGGGCCCCGGCUGGAGCUCUCCAGCGAUCGGCGCGCGGCAGCCCGCCCGGCCGGGCCGCCGUCGGACGGCGUCGGCUGCACGAUGGUGGGCGACGGGCGGCUCGAGGCGCAGAGCGACGGGAGCUAUGCCUUCGCGCUCUCCAUCACCGCCGCUUUCAGGGGCGCCAGCGACGGCCUUGUCCUCGGAGUCACGACGCGCUCGCCGCGGGAGCUCCUGCGCUCCCCGGCCGCGGCGCACGAGGUGGACCCCUCCUGGCUCUGCGGCUUCGACGGCGCCGCCUGGAGCCUGGCGGGGGGCUGGGCGCACUGCAACUUCAACCCGGCCACGCUCGCCGUAGGCGACACAGUGCAGGUCACCGUCACACCCGCGGGCGAGCUGAAG